GAUAAGGGCUGAAAUUGUAUGAAUGGAUUGAUCCACUUUCUUGGCGGGAUUGAGCCAGUUCUCUCCUUUCUUGGCGAGAGGUUACCAGGGUUUUCUUUACUCAAAUUCUGCUUGCUUAUUCCAUUGACGUAACCAGCUUAUAAAGCCAUCCAAACUGAAACAAUAACCCCUACAAAUAAGCUCACCUUGCUGGACACUACUCUACAUGCCCCACCUAUUGUGGAACGAGAUUAUUCUGCUGCUAACAAACUUAAAAGACCCAUUCAAACCAAUAUCCCAAAAU